AUGUCUGGCUUCUUUCACCCCACGGUUCCCUUAUGGCUCAGCUGGUAUAAAAAAAUUUCCACCUGCAAUGUGGGAGACCUGGGUUCAUUCCCUGGGUUGGGGGGAUCCCCUGGAGAAGGGAAAGGCUACCCACUCCAGUAUUCCAGCCUGGAGAAUUCCAUGGACUAUACAGUCUGUGGGGUCACAAAGAGGCAGACACGACUGAGCGAUUCUCACUUUCACUUUCUUUCACUCCACAUUUUGUCUGAGAGAUUCAGCCUUGCUGCUGUGCAUAGCUGUGGCUUUUUCAUUGCACUGCUGUAG